CAAACACCAUGUCAGCCUUAGCUCAGACCACCUUAGCUCUUCCUCCUAAUCCCAGUUUCACCCCAAACUCUGCCGCCUACUCCACCCUCUUCACAGCUCUUUCCACCUCCACCACCAUCACUCAACUCAAACAAGUCCACGCCCAGAUUCUACGAUCCAAGCUCGACCGCUCCAAUCCCCUCCUCAUCAAACUUGUCCUUUCCUCCUGCGUCCUAUCCCCUAGCCUUGACUAUGCUCUCUCUGUCUUCAACCAAAUCUCGAAUCCGCCGACCCAGUUCUGUAACAAGUUCUUGCGUGAAUUGUCACGCCGGGCCGAGCCUAGUAAGGCCCUUUUGGUGUACGGGAAGAUGAGGAGUGAGGGACUGGGUGGUGUUGACAGGUUCAGCUUCCCGCCAAUUUUGAAGGCCGUGUCAAGAGCUGAGGCUUUAACUGAGGGGAUGGAGAUUCAUGGGGUCGCGUCGAAGUUGGGUUUUGAUAAGGAUCCGUUUGUGCAGACAGGGUUGGUCCGUAUGUAUGCUGCUUGCGGGAGGAUUAUGGAGGCCCGGUUGAUGUUCGAUAAAAUGUCUCAUCGGGAUGUUGUUACGUGGAGCAUUAUGAUUGAUGGCUAUUGCCAAAGUGGUCUUUUUGACUGCGUGUUCCACCUAUUUGAAGAGAUGAAGAGCUCUAGUGUGGAGCCAGAUGGGAUGAUUCUUUCCACCGUACUUUCUGCCUGUGGGCGUGCUGGAAAUUUAGGCUAUGGGAGAGCAAUUCAUGACUUCAUUACUGAGAAUAAUGUCGUCCUUGACUCACAUUUAAAUAGUGCUCUUGUUGCCAUGUAUGCAAGUUGUGGUUCCAUGGAUUUGGCUCGGCAAUUUUAUAAUAAGAUGUCACCAAAAAGCUUAGUUGCUUCAACUGCUAUGGUUUCUGGUUAUUCAAAACUUGGACAAAUUGAAGAUGCUAGAUUGAUAUUUAAUCAACUGGUUGAGAAGGAUUUGAUCUGUUGGAGUGCAAUGAUAUCUGGUUAUGCAGAGAGUGAUUUGCCUCAAGAGGCCCUAAGAUUGUUUAAUGAAAUGCAAGUUUUAGGAAUAAGACCUGACCAAGUGACCAUUUUGAGUGUCAUUUCAGCUUGUGCUCACCUUGGUGCACUGGACCAAGCAAAUUGGAUCCACAUUUAUGUUGAUAAGAAUGGAUUUUGGGGAGCCCUACCUGUCAACAAUGCUCUUAUUGAUAUGUAUGCCAAAUGUGGGAGCUUGGAAAGGGCAAAAGGAGUAUUUGAGAGGAUGCCAAGAAAAAAUGUGAUAUCUUGGACCAGCAUGAUUAGUGCUUUUGCCAUGCAUGGGGAUGCUAACAAUGCACUAAGUUUCUUCAAUCGAAUGAAAGAUGAAAAUAUUGAGCCCAAUGGAGUUACAUUUGUGGGUGUGCUUUAUGCAUGUAGUCAUGCAGGGUUAGUUGAGGAAGGUAGAAAUUUUUUUGCAUCAAUGAUCAGGGAAUACAACCUUACUCCAAAACAUGAACAUUAUGGAUGCAUGGUUGACCUCUUUGGCCGUGCUAAUCUCUUAAGGGAGGCUCUUGAGGUUGUAGAGGCAAUGCCCAUGGCACCUAAUGUUGUCAUCUGGGGAUCUCUGAUGGCUGCUUGUCGGAUUCAUGGGGAGAAUGAAUUAGGAGAAUUUGCUGCCAAACAGCUUCUUGAGCUCGAUCCAGACCAUGAUGGAGCCCUUGUAGUCUUAUCAAACAUUUAUGCGAAACAAAAAAGAUGGGAUGAUGUUCGAAAGGUGAGGAACCUAAUGAAGAACAGUGGCAUUUUUAAGGAGAGGGGAUAUAGUAGGAUUGAACUAAACAAUGAGGUAUAUGAAUUUCUAAUGGGUGAUAGAAAACAUAAACAGGCAGACCAGAUCUAUGAGAAGUUAGACAAGGUAGUUAGUGAGUUGAAGCUGGUUGGUUAUGCUCCGAAUACGUGUAGUGUUUUGGUUGACUUAGAAGAGGAAGAAAAGAAAGAAGUGGUUCUUUGGCAUAGUGAGAAGUUGGCACUGUGUUAUGGUUUGAUAUGCGACAAAAAUGCUUCAAGCAUCCGCAUAGUAAAGAAUCUUAGGAUUUGCGAAGACUGCCACACUUUCAUGAAGUUGGUUUCAAAGGUGUAUGGAAAAGAGAUAGUUAUAAGAGAUAGAACUAGGUUUCACCAUUACAAGGAUGGUGUCUGUUCUUGUAAAGACUAUUGGUAACUUCAUUUUUUUUAAUGAUAUUAUUACAACAAUAUUUGUAAUUCACUAUUAUGUAAAUUAUUUAGUAAAUAAAAUAAUCUAAUACUAUCAUAUUCCUUUU